AUGGCUGUCAUUAACCAACCCAAUAGUCAGAUUCGAUUGACCAACGUGUCGAUUGUUCGUAUGAAAAAAGGAAAGAAGAGAUUUGAAAUUGCAUGCUACCAAAAUAAGAUCCAAGAUUGGAGGUCUAGAAUUGAAAAAGAUAUAGAUGAAGUUUUACAGAUCCCCCUGGUGUUUAUCAAUGUAAGCAAAGGACUUGUGGCUAAUAAUGAAGAUCUACUUUCGUGUUUUGGGAAGACCAAUCAAGAUGAAAUCAUUUUGGAGAUUUUAGAUAAGGGAGAGAUCCAAUUGAAUGAAAAGGAAAGGAAUGCCAAUUUACAACAGAAACAGAAUGAAUUUUUAACGAUUAUUCUGACGAAAUGUAUUAGCUCUAGAACGAAAAAGAAGUACCCCCCCUCUAUGAUUCUUAAGGCACUUAAUGAGUUGAAAUUCCAUUUGAACCCGGUGAAACCAGCUAAAACACAGGCUUUGGAAGCCAUUAGAUUAUUGGUUUCAGAACAACUCAUCCCCAUUGCAAGAGCACAAAUGCAGGUCAAGGUUGUGCUUCUUUGUAAGGUUAAAGACCAAGUUUGGGAUGAGCAUAUAAUGCCGUUGUUUGACCAUAUAGAAGAUGAGAAUCAAGGUUCCAAAUUGUUCUCUGUUACCGGGAUAAUUGAUCCUAUAAAUUAUAAAGCCAUUCUGGAUUUGUUGCAGGGAGAAAAUGCCCUAAUACGUAAAGGUCAAGGUUCUAUUGAGGUAUUGAAUAUGGCUACGAUUAAAGAAGAUUGA